AACAUGAUGUUAUGAAAGCUGUUGAAGCCACGUACAUCCUCACUCGCACCUACUGCCUUGCUGCAAGUAUAACCUAUAAUAUAGCUGUGCCUCCCAAUAUUCAAGUCUGACGCUGCCAACCAGAAGCAUGAGACUCGAAGUCGUAUCAUUCCUGCUGCUCACAUUUGCAUCACUGGCUGCAGCACACGGCCGGUGUCCUCUGGGAUUCCUUCGUCACGGGGACUCCUGCUACUGGAUCUCAACCACAGUGGCGUCGUUCGCUGAGGCGAAGACAUACUGUCAGUAUAUGCAGAGUCACCUGGCGAGGAUAACCAGCAAAGUUGAGGAUGACUUUCUGAGGGGCCAUGUCAGACGUCGUGGCAAGGGUACUGAUUACUGGCUUGGUGCUACUGACAUGAACGUUGAAGGGAAGUGGCUGUGGGAGGGGAACAAGGCCAUGACGUACACCAACUGGGAUCGUAACAACCCUAAUAAUGACAAAGGAGUUGAAAACUGUCUGGGACUGAGAAAGGAGUUUAAUUACAAGUGGAAUGAUUAUCAGUGUCAUCACCGCUUAAACUUUAUCUGUGAGAAAAACCUUUAAAAUCAGAAUCAGUCUUUACAAAUAUCAGUAAAAUGUUGGGCAACACCUUCCUUUUCUGAAGAUAAAACAUAACCACAGUCUUUGAAUAAGGUAUCAUAAUGGUAUUAAAUAUUAAAUUCGAAUAACAGAUUCCUUGUGACAAUUGGAUAGGGAAAACACUGUGCAAAUAACAGCAACAAGAUCAUUUCAGCAUGUAGGUGAGGUGUGAGGUGUGAUGUGCUCAUGCAGCAUGUAGGUGAGGUGUGGUGUGCUCAUGCAGCAUGUAGGCAAGGUGUGGUGUGCUCAUGCAGCAUGUAGGUGACGUGUGAUGUGCUCAUGCAGCAUGUAGGUGAGGUGUGGUGUGCUCAUGCAGCAUGUAGGUGAGGUGUGGUGUGCUAAUGCAGCAUGUAGGUGAGGUGUGGUGUGCUCAUGCAGCAUGUAGGCAAGGUGUGGUGUGCUCAUGCAGCAUGUAGGUGAGGUGUGAUGUGCUCAUGCAGCAUGUAGGUGAGGUGUGGUGUGCUCAUGCAGCAUGUAGGUGAGGUGUGGUGUGCUAAUGCAGCAUGUAGGUGAGGUGUGGUGUGCUCAUGCAGCAUGUAGGCAAGGUGUGGUGUGCUCAUGCAGCAUGUAGGUGAGGUGUGAUGUGCUCAUGCAGCAUGUAGGUGAGGUGUGGUGUGCUCAUGCAGCAUGUAGGUGAGGUGUGGUGUGCUCAUGCAGCAUGUAGGCAAGGUGUGGUGUGCUCAUGCAGCAUGUAGGUGAGGUGUGAUGUGCUCAUGCAGCAUGUAGGUGAGGUGUGGUGUGCUCAUGCAGCAUGUAGGCAAGGUGUGGUGUGCUCAUGCAGCAUGUAGGUGAGGUGUGAUGUGCUCAUGCAGCAUGUAGGUGAGGUGUGGUGUGCUAAUGCAGCAUGUAGGUGAGGUGUGAUGUGCUCAUGCAGCAUGUAGGUGAGGUGUGGUGUGCUCAUGCAGCAUGUAGGUGAGGUGUGGUGUGCUCAUGCAGCAUGUAGGUGAGGUGUGGUGUGCUAAUGCAGCAUGUAGGUGAGGUGUGGUGUGCUCAUGCAGCAUGUAGGCAAGGUGUGGUGUGCUCAUGCAGCAUGUAGGUGAGGUGUGAUGUGCUCAUGCAGCAUGUAGGUGAGGUGUGGUGUGCUCAUGCAGCAUGUAGGUGAGGUGUGGUGUGCAAAUGCAGCAUGUAGGUGAGGUGUGGUGUGCUCAUGCAGCAUGUAGGCAAGGUGUGGUGUGCUCAUGCAGCAUGUAGGUGAGGUGUGAUGUGCUCAUGCAGCAUGUAGGUGAGGUGUGGUGUGCUCAUGCAGCAUGUAGGUGAGGUGUGGUGUGCUAAUGCAGCAUGUAGGUGAGGUGUGGUGUGCUCAUGCAGCAUGUAGGCAAGGUGUGGUGUGCUCAUGCAGCAUGUAGGUGAGGUGUGAUGUGCUCAUGCAGCAUGUAGGUGAGGUGUGGUGUGCUCAUGCAGCAUGUAGGCAAGGUGUGGUGUGCUCAUGCAGCAUGUAGGUGAGGUGUGAUGUGCUCAUGCAGCAUGUAGGCAAGGUGUGGUGUGCUCAUGCAGCAUGUAGGCAAGGUGUGAUGUGCUCAUGCAGUAUGUAGGUGUUAUCCCAAUCUGGAAACAUUUAUCAAACUGUACACAUACAUUUCUUUCAGUUUUUCAAAGAAUGUAAGGUGUUGCUAAACAUUUUUCUUCUGAGUAUUGUUAAACUGCAUAUGUACUUGCCUUCUAAAUAAGAAAUAGACGGCAUAUACAAGA